AUGGCGAUCGGCCGUCUUCUCCGCCGGCUGCGUGCCGUGUUUCGCCGGAGGAAGACCGCAAAGCCGAAGGUGCGACUCACUGAGCGUGCCGGCGGCGAGACCGUCGUCAUUGUUCACCAGACUCCGGUCGACAACCACAACAAGAUCGACAAGGGCAAGCAAAUCGCUACCAUUCCCACGGCUGAGCUCCUGGCGAACGUAGACUCCCAGUCCCUCUCUUUCUUCUUCGGCAGACUGCCGCUCGAACUCCGCCGGCUCAUCUACCGCGAGGUCUGGAAAACCUACCUCAAGCCACGUCGCAUGUCGCCCUCGGCCCCGGGCACGGACUUGCGCCUUCAUAUCUACAGGGACCGCUCGGCCGCCAGCAGCCUCACCCACACCCGCUGCAGGGUGCACCCGGGCGAGCCCAUCGAAGAGGACACCUUCGCGACGGCCCCGUGGCCCUUUGCCACGCCCCAACAGGGCCCUUCCACCAUGCCGCCGCGCUGGUUCUGGGAAGCUUGGAUCAUGCGUCUCAACUGGGGCCGCCACUGGAAGUGCCAGUACGCCGUGCAGAAGCGCUGGGAUCCGCGGGCGGGUAAGGGCCGUCCGGCGAAGAAGGCGCCCUUUCUGCCGCUGUUCCUGACCUGCAAGCGGAUGUAUGUGGAGACGAUGCAGUCUUUUCUCGAAAACGUCACCCUGGUGUUCACCUCGUCGCUCGACGCGCACCAGUUCUUCGUCAACCAGCACCUGGACCUGGCCCACCUGCGCUGCCUGGAGCUGAGCUUCACCAACAACAACGACCACCUGUACCUGACCAAGAUCGUCCACGACGAUCCGAUCCCGCCCGUCACCGCCGAUAGCAACGACGACGACGGCGAUGUCACGUCCCCCUUUGCCGCCGCCAACCAGGCUUCCACCUCGGCUGCUGCUGCCGCCAACGGAAACCACAACAGCAACAACAACGGCAACGGCAACCUCGGCACCGGCCCGCUCCCGGCCUCCAGCAGCUGCCCCGACAUCAUCUGCCACGUGGACCUGUUCGGCAUGGAGCUGUGGCACGCGCUGCUCCGGGGCGUGCGCCGCGCCGCGCCCAAGCUGCGCGACCUGGACGUGACGGCGUCCGGCCGGAUCGACCGGCGCAAGGUGCUCGAGUGCUUUGGCGGAUCCGACGACGUCGUCGAGGGCAGCGGCGGGCCGCCGCUGCAGCAGUUUCCGUUCCAGCAUCUGCUUCCGCCCCACCUCCAGCCUCAGCACCCGGUGGCGGCGCAGAGCUCGAGCCAGGCCCAGGCCCAGGGCCAGGAUCAGCCCGACCUGCAAGGAUCCGUCGACGGCGACGGCGUGUGGCAGCUGCCCGGCAAGUUGGCCGUCUCGUUUGGCACGGCUGGUCCCAACUAUGUGCAGAGGGAUCAGAAGAUGGUGCAGGUGCCGGUGGAGGAGGUGGAGGUGUUGGAGGAGUGA